GGAGGCGCUACUUCCUGUGACUCGCAUCAUCAUCAUCAUCUCUCCGGUCGAGACUCCGCUCAACAGACAAUUCCUCGCUGUUCAAACGGGGGGAGGGAGGGCUGGUGAGAACCAUGUGGGAGUCACAUGAGCGACGAGGAUGAGGCGUAAACAACGAGGGGGCAGCCCAAGGAUUCAACAGCUGCACAGUGUCAUCCGCUGCUGCAGCCCCCCCCAGUGUGUCCCCCCCACAACCCGGGCCUGAACCUAUGCAAUGAACAGCACCACGCAGCCCCCCCACACCGUGGAUGGGAACGUGUCGGCCAGCUACGUGUUGGUGCCAUUCUUCCUCAUCACCAUCAUUGGGAUAGUUGCGGCUGUGAUCAUGUAUAUCCGAAAGAAAAGAAGGAUGGACCGACUCCGUCAUCAGCUGUUACCGGUUUACACGUACGAUCCUUCAGAGGAGCUGAAUGAAGUCGAGCAGGAGAUGUUGUGGAAAGAAGAAGACACACGGGUUGUUCAAGGCUGGGCGAAAAGUUAUCAACAGCGGCGCCCUCUCCUGACCAAAGAUGUCAACGCAUGAUUGCGGGCAAACCGUGGCAUCAAACAUUUGUCGGCGUGGAGACGACCUCCUGUCAUUUUCAGUCAUGAGACUCUGGUUUGCUUUCCUUUGCCACCGUCUGGAGCCGUCUGGGAGGACAUCACCCGAGAGGCGUCCCUCUCCUCGCUGGGCACAUAGUGACUGUCGGUUUGCGAGGUGCGGAUCCUAACCCCCGUGUGCCUCACCGGACGCUCUACCUUACACUUAUUUAUUUGAAAUUAUUUAUUCGACCCCUGUUUUACUGUGGCGUUCAGGGUGAAGAGAGGUGGCGUGCGGGUAGAGAUCCAGAUUCCUGUGGGUGUUCUCUGCUGUGUUUAUAUUGUCAGCGUGGGCGACAGUUCUGUUCCUGUGCUGCACGGAUUUGUUCUCACUAGGUUUUAAAGGCUGUGGUUAGAGUAUGAAUGUUCUGCACUGGUUAAAGAAAUCCCUCCUGCUGCGACGGGGGGGUGUGAUCAUUCACUGAGGUGGUUUACUUUGCUUUAAAAAAAACACUGGUAGUUUUCAAUUAGUCACAUUUGUUGCUGUAACACUGUUUCCAAAGAGCUUUAGAAGUAUAGCUGUUGAAUUAGGUUUGAUCUAUUUUCUGUUUCACUCUGAGUCUCAAGGUUGAACACGUCCUCUUUGGUUUGAUUUUGCCCACCAGAUGAGCUGCCUCUUUUUUUUUUUGCGGUUGAGCUCAAAUCCUAUGACUCCUAUCAAAGGCAUGAAAAGCCAGAUAUGCGAGUAAAUAACACAGAUAUCCUCUCAGCCCUGUAAUGAGUAGUGACUAGUGCCCUAAAAAUGUCCUGUCCAUGAGGCAUGGCACCAGAAGAAUCUGCUCAGAUGAAUACCAUAAGUCUGACUCAGGAAGAACCUCAGUCGUCUUUUUUAUUUUCUCCUCCAUGAUAACCUCUCCUGACCUUUGUCUGCCUGGCGUUUGUGAAUGUAAACCUGAGAACAAUAGAACUGUUACACUUUCCGUGACGGGGGCACAACUAGGCAUUGUAAUUUGUCAGCUAAUGCUCUGGACUUGUGAUCAAUGUACUUCAGAAUCAGCUCACGCACAAAAAGCUUGGAGGUGUUUGUGCAGGAAACUAACUUGACCCCCCGGAACAUGCUCCUGGCUGCGACCUGCUCAUAUUUUACAUUUCAUUGAUUAUUUUCUAUGCAUAAACUGGAUAUUUUUCACGUAGAAUGUUAAACGUGAAAUUGAAAUUGGCCGUUCACAGUUCAUACUGUACAAAUGUCAGAGCAUAUAACUUUUCAUGGAUGACUCUGAUUUCAGGUCAAAGACUCAAAGAACUACUGAUGUAACUGUCGACUGUGAAUAGAAGCAAAGAUAUUAAGUUUGACUUGUCAGGCUGUUGUUGCUUUUAGUGACCGGAUGAGACUGAUUUAAAAUGUUGAAGAUGUAAAUAAAAAACUAAACAAAA